UCAAGAUUUCAAUUUCUACUAAUAAUAAGUCAAAAGAAAGAACAAGCAUACAUUGCCUAUUUUGCCUUGGGUUUCUAAUAGUAUCUGCCACGCUGUAUUGACCGUUCAACGAGGCGGCCCUUUCCCUUUCUUCACGCUUUCCACCUCUGUCGAAAACAAAAACCAGAAUCCCCUCGCCUUUGUAUUUAAUUUGUCCAGAACUCUCUCAAACCAAGAGCAAGGCUUUUUAUAUCUGUGGACUCUGCAUCUGCAUUCCAACUACUUGAUCUGCAGAUCUCUACAUGGUUGCUCUCAUCCCUGCCCUCUACAAUUAGUCAUAAAGUUCGGAGAAGCUGUCUUGAAUUGAAUUGGGUCCAUGAUGGUUAAGGUGAAGGAGGAUUCAGUUUGCAUAAGGGAGGUGUGGGCAAAUAAUCUGGAAGAAGAAUUUGAGUUGAUCAGAGGCGUGGUAGAUCGAUACCCAUAUGUUGCCAUGGACACAGAAUUCCCUGGGGUUGUUAUAAGGCCAUAUGGGAGCUUCAGGAGCAGAGCAGAGUACCAUUACUGUACCUUGAAAGCCAAUGUGGACAACCUCAAACUUAUUCAACUCGGCCUUACUUUCUCAGAUGAGGAGGGAAACCUGGCAGAGUGCGGUACAGGUGAGCCCUGUGUGUGGCAAUUCAACCUGAGGGAAUUUAACCCCACUAGGGACAUCCAUGCCCCUGAUUCCAUCGAGCUGCUGAGACAGAGUGGGAUUGAUUUCAAGAAAAACAACUACAUGGGUAUCAAUUCAAGGCGUUUUGCAGAGCUUUUGAUGUCCUCGGGCAUUGUUUUGAAUGAGAAUAUCAGAUGGGUUACUUUUCACAGUGCUUAUGAUUUUGGGUAUAUGAUCAAACUUAUCACCUGCAAUGUGUUGCCCCGCACCCUAGAGGGCUUCGUUGGUCUGAUGAAAUUGUAUUUUCCAAGUGUGUACGAUGUGAAGCAUAUGAUCAAGUUCUGUGAUGGACUAUAUGGAGGCCUCAACAGGGUUGCCGAGCUGCUCAAAGUAGAGAGGAUUGGCACGUGCCACCAAGCAGGGUCUGAUAGCCUUCUUACCUCCACUGUUUUCAUGAAAUUGAGAGAGGGGUUGCCUACCGGAUCCAUAGACAAAUGUAAAAACAUUUUGUAUGGGUUAGGUUUGGAGAUUAGCUAUUGAAUAGCAUAGGCAUUUUUUCAUUCUAGCCUCGCUUCUUUUGUACAUUGUAAUUACGACAGUGAUAAACGAAAGUGAGCUAUUGAUUC